UGGUGAUUCAUUCGUUCAUUAGCUGACUUUUCUUCCGUUUUUUAAUAUAACAUUCUGCUUAACUGGCAGGAUGAUGGAAGAACCAUUGAGUCAAGGUGCUUCUCCAUCUGGUGACAGUAAUUUUUCUGGAAGUGGAGAAUUAAGUUCCACUACUAUAAUGAGUAUAGAUGAAAGAAUGUUGGAUAUUAGUUCACGUCAUUCUUUAAAUGUUCUUCGAACACCACCAACUAAAAAAGCAAAAAGAGUGAGGUUUUUUAGAAAUGGAGAUAAGUUUUAUACUGGCAUUGUAAUGGCUGUGACACCAGAAAGAUAUCGCAGUUUUGAUAGUUUAGCUUCAGACUUAACAAGAGCUUUAAUAUCAAGUGUCACAUUACCAAAUGGUGUUAGAGCAAUUUAUACAAUGGAUGGAAAAAAAGUUCAAAGUAUUAAUGAUUUGGAAGAUGGUAAAUGUUAUGUAGUUUCUGGACAAGGAGAAAUUUUCAAAAAAGUGGAAUAUUCGUCUACCAAAGUAAGAAGAGGCAGUUCUUUAUCUGGAUUACCACAAUCUCCAGCAGGUACUGGUAGACAAAUAAGCGCAAUACCAUUAUGUGUGAAAGCAAAAAUAAUCACAUUAAUUCGACAUGGUACAAAACCUCGUAAAGUUCUACGUCUUUUAUUGAAUAAAAGAAAUGCUCCAAGCUUAGAACAUGCAAUGGAAGCAAUUACAGAGGCAGUUAAAUUAGAUUCUGGAGCUGUGAGAAAAGUCUAUACUCUCGCAGGACAACAAGUUACCUCUUUGGAACAAUUUUUUGGAAGUGAUGAUAUUUUUGUGGCUUAUGGUUCUGAAAAAUCAAAUCAAGAAGAUUUUAUAUUGGAUUUUGAAGAAUCUAAAAGUGUCGUAAGUUUUCGAAGAUGUCCAUGGACAUCAAAAAGGCAAAGCGACCCAAUGCCAAAAAUGCCACGUAAAUCUGGGAAGAAAGUGCUUAAUACACCACAAGUGCGGACUCCAAGUCCUUCUUCGUUAAUAUUACCACAACCACUACGCUCACAUUAUGUAGUGGGACUUGUAAUAGGGGAAGGUAACUUUGCAGUUGUUAGAUAUUGUUCUCAUAAAUCUACUGGUGCAGAUUAUGCAAUGAAAAUUGUAGACAAAUAUAAAUGUCAAGGUAAAGAAACAAUGUGGGCAAGUGAAGUAUCAAUCCUUCGACAAGUUUCUCAUCCAAAUAUUAUUAAUUUGAUCGCAGAACAGGAGACAACCGAUCAAUUGUUUUUAGUCAUGGAACUUGUAAAAGGUGGUGAUUUAUUUGAUGCUAUUGCUGCAGCAACAAAAUUUUCGGAAACUGAGGCUAGUGUAAUGAUUGGACAUUUGACAUCUGCAUUGGCUUAUUUGCAUUCGCAUAAUAUAGUACAUCGUGAUGUUAAACCUGAGAAUCUUUUAGUUGAAAUGGAUGGAAAUCAUGUUAGAUGUUUAAAAUUAUGUGACUUUGGACUUGCUCAAGUUGUAAGAGAACCUUUGUAUACAGUUUGUGGUACACCCACAUAUGUAGCACCAGAAAUUCUUGCAGAAACAGGAUAUGGUUUAAAAAUUGAUGUAUGGGCGGUUGGUGUAAUAUUAUAUAUCUUACUUUGUGGGUUUCCACCAUUUGCUUCACCUAAAAAUAAACAAGAGGAAUUAUUUGAACGUAUAUUAAGUGGCCAGUAUGAUUUCAGAUCUCCCUUUUGGGAUGAUAUUUCAGAUUCUGCUAAACAGUUAAUCUCAAAUAUGCUUCAAACACAACCUGAACUGAGAUUCAGUGCAGAAGAUGUACUUGAUCAUCCAUGGCUAGCGCAGAGCUUUCUAGGCGAGCAGACCACAGCAUCAACUCCUACCAACCCGCCGGAGCUACCCUCGUAUCAGCGUGAGCCGAUAAAGUUGGCAAUUUUUGAAUUUGACUUCUUCAAAAAUCCAGAUCAAGGUGAUAGUUCUCAAGAUGAAGCUGAUGGUGCUUCUGAUAUCAGGACAAAUGUUAGAAACAAUCGAAGUGAAGUUUUAUCAUCAAUAGAAUCAAAAAGUAUUGAUUUAUUUUAUAACAAAAUUCAGAAAAAUUAA